AUGCCAUCAUUAAUAUCACCGCGGUUGCUCUUUCUUCUUGGAGACUCAUUACCCUUUAAGAAAUUAUCUUGUGGUUCUAGCUCAGCUUUAUGUCAACAUAGUGUGCGGUUUUUCAGUCGUGUUGACCGGGACAAACAUGCAUCUCUUACUCUUGCAAAUCUUGGAUUUAGUACCGAGAUUGAAAUGAGUUCCAAAAAUAAAAGAAAUAAACCCCAGAAUGUGAAAGUGACUUAUCCUGUUGAAGCAUCGAAAAGUAGAGGGAAGGCAGUUGCAAGCAACAAAACUAGAGCUGUUAGAGUGAAAAACCCGCUUGAAAUAGAGUCGGCUCCAUUUGCUGCAAAGUCAUUUUCUGAGCUUGGCCUUCCACCUCCGUUAAUAGAAAGGUUAGAAAGGGAAGGCUUUAAUGUUCCAACUGAUGUUCAAUCUGUAGCAAUCCCAACUAUUCUCAAGAAUCAUGAUGUUGUCAUACAAUCGUACACUGGGUCGGGGAAAACACUGGCAUAUGCACUUCCCAUACUGUCUGAAGUUGGACCUCUGAAGAAUAAAUCUUCAAGUGGUGAUAAAGAAACUGGAAAGAAAACAGAGAUAGAAGCAGUGAUUGUGGCUCCGUCUAGAGAGCUAGGUAUGCAAAUAGUGAGAGAGGUUGAGAAGCUGUUAGGACCUGAUAACAAAAAAGUGGUUCAACAACUUGUAGGAGGUGCAAAUCGGUCAAGACAGGAAGAAGCUUUAAGAAAAAACAAGCCAUCCAUUGUUGUGGGUACACCUGGCAGGAUAGCUGAAAUUAGUGCAGCUGGUAAACUUCAUACCCACGGUUGUCGUUAUUUGGUCUUAGAUGAAGUUGACGAGCUUCUUUCAUUUAACUUCCGGGAGGACAUGCACCGGAUAUUGGAACACGUAGGGAGGAGAUCAGGUGCAGACCCUCGAGGACAAAGCAGUCUGCUUGCAAGACGGCCUGGUCGUCAGACUAUCAUGGUAUCUGCAACAGUGCCAUUUUCUGUCAUAAGGGCUGCUAGGAGCUGGGCAUGUGAUCCACUUCUUGUCCAAGCAAAAAGUGUUGUUCCACUUGAAUCUCUUUCUCCUGGAAAUGUUAAUCUGUCCAGGCCUACAUCUAAUUCAAGCUCAGACUCAAAUUUGCAGCCUCAGGCAACGGUACAGAGCCUUCCUCCGGCAUUGAAACACUAUUAUUGCAUCACAAGGUUGCAGCAUAAGGUUGAUACUUUGAGAAGAUGUGUUCAUGCACUGGAUGCGCAAUCCGUGAUAGCCUUCAUGAACAAUACAAGGCAACUAAAAGAUGCUGUCUUCAAACUAGAGGCUCGCGGGAUGAGAGCUGCAGAGCUCCAUGGGGAUCUUGGCAAGCUUGGUAGGUCAACAAUUCUAAAGAAAUUUAAAGGUGGGGACGUGAGAGUUCUCGUAACAAAUGAACUUGCAGCAAGGGGUUUGGAUGUUCCGGAAUGUGAUCUUGUUGUCAAUCUUGGCUUGCCUACAGAUUCAAUUCAUUAUGCACAUCGAGCUGGCAGGACUGGCCGGCUUGGUAGGAAGGGCACUGUGGUUACAAUUUGUGAGGAGCCAGAAGUUUUUGUUGUGAAGAAACUGCAGAAGCAGCUCGGGGUCCCUAUUCCUGCUUGCGAGUUUACAGAUGGCAAGCUUGUUGUCACCGAAGAAGAGGAGAAGCAUGCAGAGGCUAUAAGGUGA